ACGAGUAGCUCGCGGCCAUCUUUUGAUUGGACGAAGAAGGCACGAGAGUGGCAGCGUUGUUUCCACAGCCAGUUUGCUUUCAUAUGUCUGACUCCAAAAUUAUGCCUACGAGCAAAUUCCCGUCUCCACGGCAUCCAAGUUUCAAGGACGCAUUGAACCUAAGCGAACCUUCACCCGUCAUAGCGAUCAACACCAUUGACGCUGGAACCAUCGUACCGGACGUCGGCAAAUCAACCGUUCUCGAGAACGAACCUUCGAAAGGUCAGCCACGACGUUCUAUCCUUGACACCCUUGAUGCCUCACACCUGGACGAUAUUCACCAUGAAUACAGCUUCGGCAACAUCUACGGUCACGGCUGCUUCCAGCGAACAGUUCUGUUCUUUACCAUCUUGUCAGGAGUCGUCCUGCAGUCCCACAGUCUCGCUUUUGCUCUCAUUGCUCAUCACGUCGACUUCUGGUGCAAGCGCCCGGUUGCCUUUGCGAACCUCAAUGAUACAGAGUGGAAAGAGGUCGGCAUUCCUAGAAAGGACGACGGGAGCUACGACAGAUGUCUUGUCUACGAGCAUUUUUAUGCGGGUAACCACACAGCAGUCAGGUGCCGCGAAUGGGAGUACGAGAAGCACUCCAAAACUAUCAUAAUGCAGUGGAACCUCGUCUGUGAUCGAGAAUGGCUUCUUGCGCUGGCAGCUACGGUCUACAUGAUAGGUGCGCUGGUUGCUGUUCCUGUUAUGGGUGUCGCAGCAGACCGCUACGGACGCAGAACAGUCAUCUGUUGGGCUGUCAUCAUUUUGCAAUUCGCCGCCUUCGGAAGCUGCUUUGCCACCAACUUUGCAGCUUUCAUCUUUGUCCGAUGCAUUGUCUCAGGCUGCGUGAGCGUAACUCAAGUUACACUCUUCAUCCUGAUGUUUGAAGUGACGUCAAUGGAGCAUCGAACAUUCUAUGGCACAGCGGCAAUCGCUCUCAACAUCCUAUUCGCAAGAAUACUAAUGGGCGUGCUGAGUAUUUUAGGACUGGAUUGGCAGACAGUCAUGCUUGUCUUCAUGGGCAUAACAACAACGCUCAGCGGUGUAUUUUACUUCAUCGAAGAAUCACCUCGUUGGCUGAUAACGACGUAUAACUUCGAGCGCGCCGAGCAGUCGCUGCUAUGGGCGGCCAGCGUCAACGGCGAACCGCUGGAAACAGUUCGUAAGGGUUACGAGGAGAUAACAAGCAAACUGCCGAAGCAAGCUGAGACUAAUCCUGCGGGAAUGGUAGUCCUGUUCAAGUCUAGGCCAAUGUUGCUACGUUCUAGCAUACUGUUCACAUUUUGGUUCACCGUAAUGUUCUCAUACUACGGAUUAUCCUUCCUCUUUGAGGUCGAGCGUUGGGUGUUUGUGGUGAAUAUCUUGGAUAUUUGCCCUCUUGCUGUGACGACGUACUAUGCGAUGUGCAAAGUAGGGAGAAAAGCUACUUUUACCGCCAUCUUCCUGGUGCUUGGGACAUGCAGCGCUUUGCUGGCAUUGACUUCAUUUCUGGAACACAUGUUCGUGCAUACAGUGCUUCUGAUUGUGGCGAAAGAAGCGGCGUUACUGUCCGGUCUCGUCUGCUUCCUUUACACAGCCGAGCUGUUUCCCACUGUCUUACGUAGCAUUGGAGUGUGCUGUGGUUACGCAUUCGGGCGUCUGGGUGCAGCGACUGCGUCGGCUCUGUCUUUACGGCAGUCAGUGACAAUCAAUUUGGCUAUCCUUACCUCCAUGGCUGUUGUGUCUGUUCUGCUGUUGACGAAACUACCGGAAACUCUCUCGAAACCGCUUGCUAACACCUUAAAGGAAGUUGAUGGCGGUGUUCAAGAGGCUGCUGACAAUCAAAAGGAAAACGAUGUGAAGGACGUAGCACGUGUGGAACAACAUGAAGAAAUUAUUCUGGUACAGUCGCCGAAAUGUCCUGAACACAAGCAUGCAUCGAAGCACAGAAAGAAGACUCGGCGUACUCCAAUGCCCCCUUAGUGAACCCAAAAUGAUCCAGCUGUACAUUCAGCUUUGAAGUACGCGUGGAGGACUCAUCUAUGCGUGCUCUGAUUUGUCUAUAGCAUUAGCAACCAUAUUAACAACGCAUUAUUUGAUACAAAAACAACUUUAUCA